AUGGGUUCCCCUUUGAUCAAUGACAUCCGGGUUGGGACUAGUCUUGUUGAUUUUUAUAGCAAAUGUGGGUGUCUAGAAGAUGCUUAUUACGUAUUCGAUGAAAUGCCAAAAAGGGAUGUCAUAGCCUGGAAUGCAAUGAUUUUGGGGUGCGUGCAGUGCAUGGAGUAUGAGGCAGCGUUAUUUCUGUUCAUGGAGAUGCAAGAGGAGAAUUUGAGGCCUAAUUCUAGGACGGUUGUUUCAUUGCUUAAGGCAUGUGGUGAGCUUUCAGAGCUGGGCCUUGGGAAAGGGAUCCACGGGUAUUGUUUGAGGAAUGGACUUAUGGAAAUGAGCAGUCAUGUGGGUAGUGCUUUAAUUAGUUUCUAUUCAAGAUUUGACAUGACAACUGCUAAUCAUGUUUUCAGGUCGUUGGGUUCAAGGAGCACUGUUAGUUGGAAUUCGAUGCUUUGUGGGUAUUUUGAUGCCGGUCAUUACUUGAAAACUGUAGAUCUUUUCCUCUGGAUGCUCAAGGGGGGAAAAGAAUAUGAUCAUGUUACUGUUCUAGUUAUUAUUCAGGCCUGUGCGGAACUGGGACUUAUUGAGUUGGGAAUGCAAGUCCAUCAACUUGUAAAAAAACAUGGCUUCAGUAAAGAUCUGCACACACUAAAUGCAUUGAUGAGGUUCUACAGCAGCAUGGGGUACUUGAAAUGUUCAUUUAAUCUAUUUAUCUCUGUUCCUAACAAAGAUGUUGUGCUGUGGAAUUCUAUGAUUUCAGCAUGCAUUGAUAACAGCUUGAAUGAUGAAGCAAUUAAAAUGUUCACUAAGAUGCAAAUAGAAGGCAUUAGACCAAAUGACAGUUCUAUUAUUAGCAUGAUAAACUUAUUUGCAGGUUUGGAAAAAGGAUUGACAAAUGGAAAAAGCUUGCAUGCUUAUGCAAUUAAGUAUGGAAUGGAGGCCUUUACACUCUGUCGAAUUGCUUUGUUGAAUAUGUAUGGAGUUUUAAAUUGUGUUGAAGAUGCCUUGAACAUUUUCUCCGAGACAAAUGAUUCAGAUGUAGUUUCUUGGAACACUUUAAUUGCUGCAUUGGUUCAUAAUGGAUUAAGAAGCCAAGUAUUCUUAUUCUUUAGGCAGAUGCAGGAAUCAGAUGUCAAACCAAAUGGUCACACUAUAAUUUCCAUUCUUGCUGCUUGUGAUGAUGAUACCUUUCUGAACACUGGAAGAUCUUUCCAUGGUUAUGUAGUAAAAAAUGGUCUGGAAGUAGAUGCAGCACUGAAUGCUGCACUGACUGAAAUGUACAUGAAUUGUGGUGAUGAGGCAAAUGCUAAGUAUCUGUUUGAGGGCUUCAGAAACAAAGAUUUGAUCUCUUGGAAUGCCAUGAUUUCCAAUUACGUGAACAACAACCGACCUCAAAAAGCUUUGUUGCUUUUCCAUCGCAUGAUUUCGGAAGUUGAACCCAAUUUCUCAACAAUAGUAAGUGCUCUUUCUGCAUGUGCAUAUCUAGCAGAACUUUCUCAAGGCCUUUGUUUACAUGCCUACAUAACACGAAGGGAAUCAUUAAUGGGUUUUCAUUUGCCUGUGGCAAAUGCUUUAAUAACUAUGUACGCAAGAUGCGGCUGCAUGAGAUAUGCUGAAUAUGUAUUUAGUUCCUUACGAAAAAGAAAUUCAGUUUCUUGGAAUGCAAUAAUAGCUGGCUAUGGCAUGCAUGGCCGAGGACAUGAUGCUGUUCUUGCCUUCUCACAAAUGUUAGAAGAAGGGUUCCUGCCCACAGAUGUGACAUUUGUUUCUGCUUUGUCAGCUUGCAGCCAUUCUGUGGAUCUAUUGUCACGAGGUGGGCGUUUAGAUGAAGCCAUGCAAUUAAUUAAGUCUAUGCCAAUUGCUCCUGAUGCAUCAGUGUGGCGAGCUCUGCUUGGUGCUUGUAGAGUUUAUUCUGAAACCAGUUAUGCCAAAAUCAUUUUUGAAAAGCUUGUUGAAUUGGAACCAACAAAUGCAGGUAAUUAUAUUUUACUUUCAAAUGUCUAUGCUGCUGCAGGCCAUUGGUCAGAGGUCAGAAAAUUGCGAAUACUACUUGAGAAAAAGGGUUUGGUAAAACCUCCUGGAAAAAGUUGGAUCGUGGUUAAAAAUAAACUUCACCAGUUCACUGCUGGAGACAAGUCACAUCCCGAAAGUGACAAAAUCUAUCAAAAGUUGUCUUAUUUGGUGUCAUCAAUUAAAAGAAGGGGUUAUGUUCCAGAUGUUUGUUGGGUUCUCCAUGAUGAAGAACCUGAAGAAAAACUCAGAAGGCUACUAAGCCACAGUGAGAAGCUUGCUAUUGCUUUCGGAUUGAUGAAUGCAGGCGCUAAGUCACCAGUUUUGAUCACAAAGAACCUGAGGGUUUGUGGUGAUUGCCAUGAAUUUAGUAAGCAUGUAUCCAGAUUGGUUGGCAAAGAAAUAAUUCUGAGAGAUGGAAGUCGUUUCCAUCAUUUUAGCAAUGGUAUCUGUUCAUGCAAAGAUUAUUGGUGA